CUGUGGGCUGAGAUCCAGAACCUCGGCGUGCCUCUCAGCUUCCACGAGGGCGGGCGGGUGAACCUGCCGCAGCCGGGCGACAACUUCACGACUCACAUGCUGUACCACACCUGCACCCACCCGAUGGGGAUGAUGCUGGCCGCGGUCGACAUCGUGGGCGGCGGGCGUGCUGGAGCGCUUCCCGGAGCUGACGGUGGCGUUCCUGGAGGGGAACUGCUCGUGGGCACCCUGGCUGCUGUGGCGGCUGGACGAGCACUACGAGAUGUCCGCGUCAUACGACCAUCCCGACCUGAAGAUGGAACCCAGCGAGUACUUCCGCGCCAGUGCUACCUGUCGGUGGAGUGCGACGAGGAGCCAGCGGAGAUCGUGUCGCGGUACGGGCUGGAGGACAACGUGGUGUUCUCCACCGACUACCCCCACGCCGACUCCAAGUACCCAAAGUCGGUGGACCGGUUUAUGGAGCUGCCGCUGUCGGACGACGCCAAGCGAAGUUCCUGUGGGACAACUGCGCACGGCUGUACGGGAUUGAGGUAUAGCCGUUUCAGGAUUGGAUGCCUGCCAGAUUCCUUACCCCAUCCCGAAGACUCGGAAGCUCUUUGA